UCAGUGAAACGCGUCGUCGGCAGAAGCCAAGGGAUCUUUUACACGCGCUCACACAUGGCUAGAGGCGGCGAACACCGCUGCGUCGGCGCGGCACUGGGAGCGCUCCUGUGGCUGGCGUUGCUGAGCGGCACCUGCAGCGGCUACCCAGGGUCUUCGUCGUGGCAGGUGCUGGCGCCCGGCGCAAUGCCGGCGGAGCACAAGAUGGCCAAGGCGUUCGUCGUGCACCUCCCCAUCCACACGACGCAGCUGGAGCCCGUCGAAGAGCAGCGGCAGCCUGCCACCGUCACGACGCCGCAGGGGGGACCGACCUACAGUAACGGCGGCUUCGAGACGCACGGACAGAACCAUGUUAGUCGAGAGCCGCUACAAACGUCCGAAGCCGACGACCUGAAGAAGUUGGUGAUACUGGUGCGGAUUCCCCAGGAGCAGCCGGCCGCGCUUCCCCCACCUCCGCCGCCGCCACCCGAAGUGAAACGACAUCCCGAGCAGGACAAGGCAGCCUACGACAUCCAGGUGGACCAGAAGUUGCCCAUCAUCCUGAUAGCGCUCGACAAGCCACUCUCCUCCCACGCCAAGGUGCAGUCCGUGUCCGCCUGGAAGGAGCCGCUGCCUAGGCCGGCUUCGUCCAAGGAAGACCGAAGCAGCGGCAACAGCAAGGAGUGGAGGCCCAUCAUCUACCCCAAGAGACAGCGGCAACACAGCACGCAGCAGCGCCAGUGGUCCCGCUGGAACAAGAACCUGGACCGAAGGACACUGUGGACCAAGGAACAGCGGCAGUCGUCGUGGAAACCAGCCGCACCUUCGAGCGACGUCGCGCCACCCGCCGCACCCGCUAAAGAGCAGCGCAACGAUGGCGGCUCCAACGAAGCCAAGCUACUGCUGCUCCUCGUUCACGAGAACGGCCCCUCCAGUGGAGACAGAAGCAAGACCUGGGAGCCGGUGGUGGCUCAGCAGAACCUGAACGAACCUGAACCUUGGCGGCCGAGGAACAAGCCUUCCCAAGAACACCAGCAGCACAUCGCGACGGACGGGAUGCAGAAAAGUUGGCGCUCUGCAGGAUCUUCGCACGGCUGGGCGCCGUCGCAGCAGAGGAGCUGGCCGCAGCAGCAGCAGCAGCAGCAGCAACAACAACAACAACAACAACAACAACAACAACAACAACAACAACAGGAGCAGCAGCAGCAGCAGCCCUUUAGGCCUCGUCCGGUAGUUUGGCAUUCGGGAGUGCCGAAUAGUUCGUCCCGCGGUUCAUCUUACAACUCGUUCACGCAGAAAAGGAACCAUUACGACCAUUUCGCCUCCGCUCAUCGAUACUAAAUAUCAGCGUGGCGUGCCAAGAAAGAUUUGUUCCUAUCGAUCGCAGUACACAAAUCUGUCGUUAUCGUUGAGCAGGAACGUAUACCACGCAGCUGCUCUAAAAGACCCUGCAGAAUAACGCGAGAAAUGACAGACCGGUCGCACUACACGGAUGCGCCAUUUAGAGCGCGCUACGGUAUUCGAAAUAUAGCGUGCGGACAACUUGCGCGCGACGCUGUCCAGUCGUUGUGCAAGUUCUUUUGUACAUACCGAGAUCAUCUAGCUAUCUGGCGGUGCCGGAUUCACCGCACGUGGUUACCUGAACGUGUAUACUAGCUGCAGCAUCCCUUGUCGCGUAUACACUUCAUGGCGCGCGAGACACCUCUUAUGCUCGCGCAAGGAUUUCCAUGUCUUUUGUAAAUGAAUGCUUCACUGCAAUAUCCAGCAUGUUGUCAUUUGAAUAAAUACAGCGA